UCCCAGUACAUACACAAAGUUGGGCGAGAGUGGUGACGUCAGAGAGGCGCGCCGCUCUUCGAGUCUCACUCGGGACGUCUGUCUGAUUACUGAGAGAGGGAGAGAACGCGAGAAGGAGGAAAGCUGGAAUUUUAGUAGGGAUUUAUUUUCACACCCUGAGAGGAAUUUAUCAUUCUACAGGUUUCAGUUUUUGUGAAAAUAUAAGUUUAACGAAUCAUUCAAAGUCAGCAAUGACGAGUGCUUAUGAUGAUUCUGCUAUCUAUGAAGUUUCCAGUGACAGUUUCUGGGAGAUUGGAAAUUAUAAACGUACAGUUAAGCGCAUCGAUGAUGGCAACAGGCUGUGCAAUGAUCUUAUGAACUGCAUUCAUGAAAGAGCACGUAUAGAAAAAGCUUAUGCUCUACAACUUACUGAAUGGGCUAAAAGAUGGAAACAGCUUACUGAAAAAGGACCUCAGUAUGGAACAUUACAACGUGCAUGGAUUUCGUUAAUGACCGAGGCAGAGAAGAUAAGUGACCUCCAUCUAGAAGUGAAAGGAUCAUUGAUGUCAGAAGACUUUGAAAAAGUCAAAAAUUGGCAAAAGGAAGCAUAUCAUAAACAAAUGAUUGGUGGGUUUAAAGAAACUAAAGAAGCAGAUGAUGGAUUCAGAAAAGCCCAGAAACCUUGGGCAAAAAAGCUCAAAGAGGUGGAAACUUGUAAAAAAGCAUACCAUGCUGCUUGCAAGGAAGAAAAACUAGCAACUUCCAGAGAGAGCUCCAGCAAGCUUGAUCCAAAUAUGAAUCCAGAGACUAUGAAAAAGUUACAAGACAAAGUAGAAAAAUGUAAACAAGAAGUGCAAAAAACAAAGGAAAAGUAUGAAAAAGCACUGGAGGAUCUUGACAAGAGCACUCCUCAGUACAUGGAAAACAUGGAGCAAGUAUUUGAACAGUGUCAGCAAGCAGAGGAGAAACGUCUGAUCUUUUUCAAAGAAGUUCUACUAGAUGUGAAGAAGCAUUUAGACCUUUCUAACAAUGCCAGCUAUGGUGAUAUAUAUACUGAGUUGGAGCAGACUAUUGGAAUGGCAGAUUCUGAGGAGGAUCUUAAAUGGUUUAAAAAUAAUCACGGUCCUGGAAUGGCAAUGAGUUGGCCACAGUUUGAGGAAUGGUCAAUAGAUUUGAAUCGUACACUGAGUAGAAGGGAUAGAAAGAAGCCAGGAGAUGGUGUGACACUAACUGGCAUCAGUCAGACAGGAGAACAAACAACUCAUCAUACAAAGAACAGUAGCAGCCUUAGUGUUCGGAAUAGCACUAUACAAUCAAGUUAUAACCCAUUUGAAGAAGACGAAGAAGAUGAAGAAAAAAACAGCAGCCCUUUGAGUGAAAAAAAGGAGGAAAUUAAAAGCAAAAAUAGCUGUGAAAAAAAUCCAGAUUGGUCUGAUGAAGAAACUAGCAACCCCUUUUCCAGUGAUGCCAAUGGCAAUGGCAAUCCAUUUGAUGAUGAACCCUCACCUGGCAUAGAAGUACGGGUCAAGGCGCUCUAUGAUUAUGAGGGUCAAGAAAACGAUGAACUCAGCUUCAAGAUGGGUGAUGAGCUCACUAAAAUUGGAAAUGAAGAUGAGCAAGGCUGGUGCAAAGGACGCUUGAGCAGUGGACAAAUUGGCCUUUACCCUGCAAAUUAUGUUGAAGAAAUACAUUGAAUUGUACAAAGACUUUCAUUACUUAAAUUUAUAGCUUAGACCAAUUCCAGAGAACACUGGUAUAAAGAUUCAGUGGACCCCCAUGUGCAAUUAUUAGUGUUGUAUUAUUUUACAGUAGUGAAUGAAAGCUUGGACAUUUUGUGAUGGGGUUAAGGCUGAAGUGACAAUUAGAAAAAAAUAACUUAUGCAGAUCUGAAUAGGUUUCCUGAGAAAAGUGUGAAAUUUGGUAUUAAGCCUUCGCCAUAGUACUAUUUAUAAUAAAAAUAAAUUUCUUGACCAUGUGUGCACAUUGGUAAUGAAAGCAUACCAGUACACCAUGUCUGUUUGAGAUAGGAUAUUUAUAACUGUCUCGCAGCUCAUUGUAAUUUUUUUCAUUUUUCUAAAAAAAAAAAAAAAGAAUGGCAUUACAUCAAAAUGUCAACUUGUUGCAUAAUUUCACUUCAUAAUGUUUUGAAAACUUUUAUAAAAUGCGGCAUUAGAGCAUUAAUAUAUGGUUAUUUUGUUUAUUUUUGGGGUUGGAACAAAUGAAUGCAUAUUUCUCUGAAGUGCUCUAUGACUUACAAAGUAGGCACGUACGCAGAAAUCUUCCACACACUGGCCUUAUAAAUACUGAUCUUGUUUAAUUUGUGAUAUGUUCAAAUAUUUCAGGACAUUAAGUGCACAAUGUUAAAAAUGAUCUUGGUAUAGAUCUGACUUUUUAAUAUAUAUAUAUAUAUUAAAUAAAUAUAUACAUUAAAAUAUAUAAAAAUGUGUGUGUGUUCUCAGAAUGUGCCUUGCUAAAAUGCUUGUUAAGUAACAUUAGCACAAGAGCUUGUGUGAUAUGAUGAUAAAUAAGGCAUGCUGAAAAAAUGCAUGACAGUAAUAUUUGAAUAUAUUCAGAGAGAAAAUGUUUGUACAUAUAAAUGAAAAAUGAUUAGAAACACAUGGGACCUUUUCGUUACAAUAAAGAGUAAAUUAAAGACUUGUUAAUUUAUAAUAGACCUUUGUCUAUUCUAUUUUAUCUUGUUUCAUUACAUAUAAACAGUUUAACAAUUGUACAGCAUUAUAUUUGAUCUGUGUUUUGAAAACACAUUUGGGGAAAUAUUUUCAUAUAAUCAGUAUUUGCUUUUUGCUGUAUUUCACAGGAUUUGGAAAAAAAACACAGCUAUCUGCACAUCUUGGUUUUACUCGGCCCUGUCAACCUGUUUGAAAUAACCAAUAAGCUAAUUAAGCAGAGGGGUUUUUCCUUCACAUGCACUGUUACUGCUUGUCUUUGCAUUGUAUUUAAGUUUUUGUUUUUUUAAAUGAAUUACAAAUUUGGGAUUAUUCAAUUUAAAGCAAUGAUGAUUGAUUUAAACAUAAAAUCGUUUUGAAAGCAAGAUAUGAUUAAAAUAUUUAAACAAACUCUA